CUGCUGCACAAGUGUCCAAUGAGGGUCUCUUAUGAUGCGGAGUCAUGGCGCUGACAUGAGCGAAGAGAAAACAGAAGCAACGUUAGACGUUAAAUAGGACAAUUUAUACCAAUCUGUCAAACUAUCCGAGGCGGAUAGGAACCGAAAUCGUUAACAGUUGGAUUCGGUGAAUCCAGAGUUCUGACCAGACGUACGCCAAGAGAAAUACCAUAAGCUAUGGAGAAGCCAGCUUUACAAACGCAGCUCUCUAUGCUGCCCUUCUUCGACGCAGCCCACGCGGUCAACUUGCUCCGCGGCAUCCACGAGCUCCGCGCCGAGCGCAAGUUCUUUGAUGUCACGUUGUGCGCUGAAGGCAAAGAGUUCCACUGCCAUCGAACUGUGCUUGCAGCUGCCAGCACCUACUUCCGUGCCAUGUUUGCCGGUACACUACGAGAGAGCGUCAUGGACCAUGUGGUGCUACACGAAGUAUCAGCUGAACUGUUGGGCCUCCUGGUGGACUUUUGCUACACGGGUCGCGUGACCGUCACACACGACAAUGUGGACCUCCUGCUCAAGACGGCGGACCUCUUCCAGUUCCCAUCUGUCAAAGAAGCGUGCUGUAAAUUCCUGGAGCAGAGACUUGAUGUUUCCAACUGCUUGGAGAUCCAGGACUUCGCAGAGGCUUAUGCCUGUCAUGAACUAGCAGCUAGCGCUCGCCGUUUCGUGCUGAGGAACAUUGUGGAGUUGGCGAAGAGCAUGGACUUUGAACGACUGUCGUGGAAGCGUCUGCUGGAGUUUGUGUCUGAUGAUGGACUGUGUGUGGAUAAGGAAGAAACAGCAUACCAGAUUGCCGUGCGCUGGGUUAAAGCUGACUUGCAGCACCGGUUGCAUUACUGGCCUGAGUUGUUGCAGCAAGUACGCUUGCCGUUUGUUCGCCGUUUCUAUCUUCUGGCCCACGUGGAGAGUGAUCCAAUGGUCUACCUGUCGCCAGCCUGUUUACGGUUAGUCAGCGAGGCACGCAGCCUUCAGUCUUUUGAAUAUGACCGCCAUGAUCGACCCAGUCAUCGAAUGCGCCCACGUCCGUCCACCGGCCUGGCUGAAAUUCUGGUGGUAGUAGGAGGAUGUGAUCAAGACUGUGAUGAGCUUGUUACUGUGGAUUGUUACAACCCCCAGACGGGACAGUGGAGAUACUUGGCAGAAUUCCCAGACCACCUUGGUGGUGGCUACAGCAUAGCCGCCCUGGGCAAUGACAUUUACGUGACAGGCGGCUCAGAUGGAUCACGUCUGUAUGAUUGCGUUUGGCGAUACAACUCCAGUGUGAAUGAGUGGACCGAGGUCUCCCCCAUGCUGAAAGCCAGAGAGUACCACAGCUCCUGCGUCCUGAAGGGUCAACUCUAUGUGGUAGCCUCUGACAGCACAGAGCGAUACGAUCAUACUCUCGAUUGCUGGGAGGACCUUCCGCCCAUGCCACAUCCCAUGGAUAACUGUUCCACUACAUCGUGUAGGGGACAACUCUACGCCAUUGGCUGUUUAACUGGAGAGGACACAAUUGCAAUUCAGUGCUAUGAUGCUGAAAGCAACCGCUGGUCACUAGUGAACAAUGGAGAACUGCCUCCUUGGUCCUUUGCCCCCAAAUCAGUGACCUUAAAUGGGUUGAUCUACUUUGUAAGAGAUGAUUCGGCAGAAGUAGAUGUCUUCAACCCACAGAAAAACAAUUGGGAUAAGAUUUGUCCCAUGACACAAGUUCAUGUUGGAGGCAGUGUAGCAGCCCUGGGCGGUCGACUCUAUGUGUCCGGUGGCUAUGACAACACUUUUGAGCUAUCUGAUGUGGUGGAGGUCUACGACCCCUCUACUCGAGCUUGGACCCCAGCUGGCCGGCUUCCCCAGCCCACCUUCUGGCAUGGAAGUGUCAGCAUAUUCCGACAAUUCAUGCCUCUUGUUCCAAGCACCUUUGAACAUUUAGACAUACCUGAGGCCAACGCCAUCCACCUCCACAGACACCACCGCAACCAGGCACUUCACAACCACAACAACAAUGUCAAUCAGAACCACAACCAAGAUGUCAAUGAAGUGCACUGAGAACUUUUGAAUGUGACGUUGCUACUAGGUGUUUUGCACUUUAUGACAUAUUCCCCUCUGCAAAGGGAGCUGGUGAAUGGACAAUCAAUGUUUAAAUGAUUUCCCUCAGUAACCCAGUGUUACUACAGCUUUAAUUUUUGCAUGCAUUUCUAAUGCUGACUAUGUUUACCAGAGUGUGUUCAACAGAUUUGAGUGAAGUGACUCAUGAAAUAGUGCCAUCAUGUUUGGCAAAUUUCGAGCAAUCCAUACCAUGGAAAUUGCAUGAAGGUUAUGAACAUUUUUCUAUUUUUAUUUAUUCUAUAAUUCAGCAUGGACCUCCUAAAGUGAUCUGCAACAUUGCAACUUCAAGUCAACAUCCACAAAUAAUAUAAUAUAAAUGCCAUAACCUAAUGUGAAGUAAAAUGGCUUUUUAAAAAUUAUACAAUUUUGAGACCCAAAAUUCCAUCAUUACAUCAUUCCAAAAGGUUAUUGUAACGUGAUUCAACAGUAUUCUGCAAUGUGGAUAACAAAUGUUAUUUUAUAUACACAGUGAAAAGUCUGAAAUUAAAUAUUUAGGAGAAUCCAAGAUUUUCCAAAAACAUAAUUUUGUUUGACAGAUAAACAUAACUGUGUGCCAGCAUAACCCAUUGUUUGAUAUUCAUCUUGCUAGAAUUACAUACUUACAAUCUAGCAUGCAUGCAGUGAUCACAUUUUAUGUGAAUUUGUAUCCGACUUGCGUUUCAACCUGUAUUUUAAUAUUAAAUUAAGUUUAUUAUUAUCUAGUCAUAGUUUAUUUUAGAGGAAGGUUUGUUACAGUUUAAGUGGAACAGCUUGUGUAUAUUAAGCUGUCUGUGAUCAUGAAGAAAACAUGACGAAUGGAUGAAGGUAUUGUAUUUUGAUGUCAAACUGUAUUCAGAUGCUGUACUAAUAACUGGAAUAGUAAUUCAGUAUCUCGUUAUUCUUGAGGAAAUGUAUUUGUUUGAUGAUACCAGUACUUAUGAAACAAAUUAAUUAUCUAUAACACGCAGCUGCAGCCUGUAACUUCUGGCGCUCUAGCGGUUAAAGGGAUAGUUCACCCAAAAAAUGAACAUUUGAUUCUCUGCUUACCCCCCAGGGGCAUCCAAUAUGUAGGUGACUUUGUUUCUUAAGUAGAGCACAAAUUAUGAUUUUCAGCUUCGGUAGUUGCAGUCUCUGGUAACAAAAUGGACACAAAUCAUUUUGUGUCUUUACACAUCAACGUAUCGACACGAGCCGCAGGGUUUAAUAUAGAUUUGUCUGUGCAUGUUUUUUUUUUUUACUUUCAUAAAUUUUGUUACCAUUUGGCAUGGAUUGUACAGCUGAGAGACUGCAACGCCUGAAGUAAAAAAUCAUAAUUGUGUUCCUACAUGUAACCUACAUAUUGGAUGCCCUGGGGGUAAGCAGAUAAACAUAAAAUUAGAAUUUUUGGGUGAACUAUCCCCUUAAUAAACUGAACUGCCUGUGUCUUGCAGAAGAACAUUGUAGCCGGAGCUAUUUCUCUCUGUUUAUGUCUAUAGUGAAUCACACAGGUAAUGUGUGUAAUGUUUCUUUGUGUGGUCAAUUAAUAAAUGACUGCCAGCGCUGUU